AGAGUUUCCGGGGAGGAGGGCAGAGGAGGACCUGCGCGAGGCGGUUCCUUCGGCAGCGGAGGAGGCAAUGGCUUUGGGGGUCCGGGGGCUGCGCCUCUGGCGGGCCGCCCCUGCUGGCGGGGCUGGCUGGAGAUUGAUAGCAACAUCGCCAGCUUCGCACCUGUCACCGACAGAACUGAUAGAAAUGCAGAAUGACCUCUUUAAUAAAGAGAAAAACAGGCAGUUAUCAUUAACUCCUCGAACUGAGAAGAUUGAAGUUAAACACGUUGGGAAAACGGACCCUGGCACUAUCUUCGUGAUGAAUAAAAACGUUUCAACUCCUUAUAGUUGUGCUAUGCAUUUAAGUGAGUGGUACUGCAGGAAGUCCAUUCUGGCUCUGGUGGACGGACAGCCUUGGGACAUGUAUAAACCUUUGACCAAAUCCUGUGAGAUUGAAUUUCUUACUUUCAAAGAUCGUGAUCCUGGAGAAGUGAAUAAGGCUUAUUGGCGUUCCUGUGCCAUGAUGAUGGGCUGUGUGAUAGAGAGGGCAUUCAAAGAUGAAUAUGUGGUCAGUUUGGUCAGAGCUCCAGAAGUUCCUGUAAUCUCUGGAGCCUUCUGCUAUGAUGUAGUUCUGGAUAAGAGACUUGAUGAGUGGAUGCCAACAAAAGAGAACCUGCGUUCCUUCACAAAAGAUGCCCGUGCUUUAAUUUACAAAGAUCUUCCAUUUGAAACUCUGGAAAUGGAAGCAAAAGUGGCAUUGGAAAUAUUUCAGCACAACAAGUACAAAACGGAUUUCAUAGAAGAGAAGGCAUCUCAGAACCCUGAGAGGAUAGUCAAGCUGCACAGAUUUGGUGACUUCAUUGAUGUGAGUGAGGGUCCUCUUAUUCCAAGAACAAGUAUUUGUUUCCAGUAUGAAGUAUCAGCAGUUCACAAUCUUCAAGCCACGCAGUUGAGUCUUGUACGAAGAUUCCAGGGUCUGUCUUUACCGGUACACUUAAGAGCACAUUUUACUAUAUGGAAUAAGCUAUUGGAGAGGUCUCGGAAAAUGGUAACUGAAGAUCAAACUAAACCUACAGAGGAAAGUGCAUCGACCCAGUAAUUUCCUAAAAAUUAUAUAGAUAAGACAGCUUAUGCUGUUCACAAUAAAAAUUUUACGCAGAAACAACCCUGCGCCCUCCAGCUCCCCAGAUAUAACACCUUGACAUGUUUUCUCCAUUCAGUUCUUUUUUCUACAUGUAUAAGCACAUGUACAGAUACAAGUGGAAUCUUUUGAAAACAAA